AUGGCUUUUCGGGCUCAGUUCGAGGGGCAUAAUGACAUUGGAGUGUUUGCACGUCUAACGAAUGCGUACUGUUUGGUUUCAAUUGGCGGAUCGGAGGGAUUUUACAGUGUAUUUGAAGCCGAGCUUGCUGACAGCAUUCCGGUUGUUCACGCUAGCAUUGCUGGGAUCCGGUCUGUUGGAUGUCUGACAGCAGGAAACAAGCACGGUCUUCUAAUCCCUCACACGGCUACAGAUCAGGAACUGGCACAUUUGAACAACAGUCUGCCGGACAGCGUAAGCUGUGUCAGAAUUGAGGAACGCCUAUCAGCCUUAGGCAACACUGUGGUGUGCAACGAUUAUGUUGCACUUAUUCAUCCGGAUCUUGAUAAGGAAACCGAGGAAAUCAUAAGUGAUGUCCUGAACGUCGAGGUGUUUCGCAGUGUUGUGGCUGGUGAAGCACUCGUUGGUACUUAUUCCUGUUUGACCAAUCACGGAGGUCUUGUACACCCACAAACCAGUGUGGAAGAACUCGAUCAGCUUAGCAGCUUAUUGCAACUUCCUCUUGCCGCAGGGUCCGUCAAUCGCGGCAGCUCGCUAAUCGGGAGCGGUUUGGUUGCUAAUGAUUGGGUGGCAUUCUGUGGUCUAGACACGACGAGUACAGAGUUAUCACUGAUCGAAUCUGUGUUUCAAUUGACGGAGUCGAAUGCUGGUGAUGCAACGCGGCCAUUGCGCGAGGCAAUUCUGGAAAGGUCAGUGAAUUUUUUGUAG